AUGAAGGUAACAAGCACAAGCUUGACCAAUGCUGAGGACUUUGAUGCUGGCAUAUUCCAGAACAGCUCCAGGGAAGGAGAGCUUGGCAUUAAUACUUGCAAUGUUAGUGACAUCAGUGUAGCUUGCACGCAGGGAUGUCGAUUUUGGAAUGCAACAGUACAAAAAAGCUGCUCACUGCAAUGUAAUCAGACCUACGUCAGAGCAUGUGAGAGAGUUUCCUGUAAGUUUGGCUGCAGCUGUGCAGAGGAAGCUUAUGGUGCUGAAGUACAAGAUUAUUUGAACUCACCCACAGCACCAUUUGCAUCUACUAUUGGAAGCCACAAUGUGACAUUGAGAUGGAAGUCGGCUAAUAUCUCUGGGGUGACAUAUAUUAUUCAGUGGAAGUACAAUCAGCUCCCAGGAGACUGGAGGUAUGCUGAGGUAGUAUCUGAGCAUUCGUACACAGUGAGUAACCUUCAAGCCUUCACAGAAUACGAGUUUCGAGUAGUUUGGAUCAUCACAUCUCAGAUGCAGCUCUAUUCUCCAUCUAGUCCCAGUUACCGGACUCAUGCAUUUGGAGUUCCUGUUUCAGCUCCUAUCAUUAAAGAUAUUCAAAGUUCGGGUCCCGAAACCGUGGAAGUCAGUUGGUCUCCACCACUUUUCCCCAGUGGAUUGAUUGUUGGAUAUAAUUUACUGUUAACCAGUGAAAAGCAGGAACUGCGCACAGCAUCCAGAGGUCAAAGUUUCCAGUUCUACUCCACCUUUCCAAACACCACUUACAGGUUUACCAUCGUAGCAGUAAAUGAGGUUGGUGACGGGCCACCUGCAGAAGCUAAUAUCACUACUCCAGAACCCACAGUUAAGGAAAAAGUGAAAUGGCUCUUUCUAGCCAGAAACCAAUCUCUAAGAAAGAGAUCCACGGAAUCUUUCUUGGAAGUCUCACAAUGCCUUCAGAAUGACAUCAUACACCACAAUAUUACAGGGAUUUCUGUGAAUAUUCACCAGCGGGUUGUCUAUUUCUCAGAGGGAAAUUCGAUCUGGGUGAAAGGAGCUGCCAGCAUGUCUGAGGUGUCCGAUUUAAAGCUCUUUUAUGCAGGCCCAGGGAAAAUUACAUCAAUCUCAGUCGACUGGCUUUACCAGCGGAUGUACUUUGUCAUGAAUGGAAAGGUAUGUGUCUGUAAUUUAGAGAACUGCACUGUAGCUGAAGAUAUCACUUUUCCUUCCAUUGCCUCCCCUAAGAAAAUUGUAGCUGAUCCAUAUAAUGGGUAUAUCUUUUAUCUGCUGGAGGAUGGAAUUUACAGGGCAAACCUCCCAGUCUAUCCUGGUCAGGUCCCUGAAGCUUUGCCAAUUGUGAGAAGCGACACUCUGAAAGACUUUGUGAUAAACUUCCAGUCCAAAAGACUAAUUUACUUCAACAAAAUCAAUCAAUCCUUUGUGUCUGGUUUUCUGGAUGGCUCAGAAUUUAAUAUCCUGCGAUCUCAAGUUUCAUUUAGAGACAUAGAGAGCUUUGUUUAUGAGAAUAAUACUUUCGUUGUCACAGACGGCAGGGCAGUUUUCCGUGAGGAGUUGUCUCCAACUGGGAUCAAAGCCUUUAAUGAAUUUGUGGUGGAUUGCGAUUUUACCCAGGCCGAUUAUUUUGGAUACAACAACUUGCUUUCUUAUGGUGCGGCAACUCAGCCUUAUCCUUUGCCAACUCAUCCCCAGCUUGUCACAGUGCUGUUUGGAUCAGACCAAGCUGUGGUCUGCUGGAGACCACCUGAACCUACUAUUGGAACCAGUCCUUCCGCCUGGCAGAACUGGACUUACAUUGUGAAGGUAUCAGCCCAACAUGGUGCUGAUGAGGAUCGGGUUGUCUCCAGUAUCCGUGACACUAGGUUUACAAUGAAAAGGCUGACCUACUCCACAACAUAUGAGGUGUCAGUGAGAGCGCUAUCUCCUGCUGGAGAAGGACCCUGGACAGAGUCUUUUAGGGGCACCACUUUAAAAGAAGUUGAAGAAGAACCUUAUAUCUUGGCUGUGGGGGACGACGGACUUUGGAAGCAGCCGUUGGAUAGUUUGGGGCCAGGAGAAUUCUUCUCUCCUAAUAUAAGAAAUGUCUCAGACAUGGACUGGUAUAAUGACACUCUCUACUGGAGCAACUCAACGGGGGAAGUUCACAUGUGGUCAUUGAGCAGACGAGCUGGUGCCAUUGUGAAGUUUCAUAUAUCUGACAUCAGAAAAGCAAGGAUAUUGGCCUUUGAUUGGUUGGGUCAGUAUUUGUACUGGGCUGGCAAAGCAAAUACGAUCUACAGAAAAUCACUGCUGGUAGGACACACAGAUGUUGUGGUGCAUGUUGUAUUCCUGGUGAAGGAUCUUGUGGUCGAUGCAAUCAAUGGCUAUCUGUACUGGGCUACAACUUACACAGUGGAAAGCACCAGACUGAAUGGAGAGCACUACUUUAUAUUACAAGAGCAGCCACGGUUUUCCGGUAAACAGGUAGUUGCUCUAACCUUGGAUCUCAGUGACGGCUUCCUCUACUGGCUUGUGCAAGACAGCCUGUGCCUAAAUCUGUACAGAGUAUCACUUUGUGGAGAGAGUUGUGGUGAUGCUGUAGUCACUGAAUUUGCAGAAUGGAGUUCUUCAGAAGUAUCCCAUAGUGCACUGCUGUAUUACAGUGGACGGCUGUUCUGGAUUAAUGGCUACCGGUUCAUUACGGCACAAGAAGUCAAUCAGAGUGUUAGCAUCCCCUUUUCGCAACCAGCAGAGUUUGCAGCUUUUACACUUGCUCAGAGGUCACUUAAACCUCUGCCAGGAAACUUUUCAUUUCCACCCAAAGUGAUUCCAGAUUCAAUUCUGGAGUCUUCCUUUAGGAUUGAAGGGAAUUCUUCACAUUUUCACAUCCUUUGGAAGGCUUCCACAACUGUGGAAUGGGGCACUGUCUUCUACUGUGUGGAGUCCAAGGUUCUACAGACCAGGUUUGUGGAUAGUGAACGGUGCCUGCCUCCUUGGAAUCUGACUGUAGCAUCCUACAAAGUUGAAGGGCUGGAGCCCUAUAUGCAGUUUGAUUUUAUUGUGACUCCUUAUACGUACUGGGGGGAGGGACCUACGACAUCCAUAUCCCUUCGAGCCCCUGAAGAAGUUCCUUCAGCCCCUGCAAAUCCCAGAAUAUAUGUGUCACAUAAUGGUACAUAUGGCGGCAAAGAGAGAGCCGUAGUGGAAUUUAGGUGGAAUAAACCUAGGAGAGAAAACGGAGCGUUAACAAAGUUCAGAAUUUACUAUCAAAUAGUAAAUCAAAGUGGCACCAAUGAGACUUUUACAGAAUGGACUAUAAGCAACAUUGCACCCUCUCUGAUGUCCUUUUCGCUCAAGGAUGUGCUUCCCAGGUUGACAGUGAGGUUUCAGGUGCAAGCCUUCACAUCGGCAGGUCCAGGACCGCUAUCUAAUAUAGCAGAAGCUAACUCCUCAGAUCUUUUUCCAGUUCCAGAUCUUAUAACUAUUUCUGCCAACAAGAUGGUCAUUACUGACAUAGACAGAAAUCAGACCAUCCAGAGUCUUUCAGCAAAAGGAGAUAUAAAGGGUGUCUGUUACACUGCUAAUGACGAGACAAUGUAUUAUAGCCAGGAAGAUUCCCUUUUUCUUCUGAACAUACAGAAUAAUUCCAGGCUUCAGCUUUUCAAACAUGGAUUUCUCUGCAAUGUCACAGCUCUUGCAAUUGACUGGAUUGCAAGACACCUCUUUGUUGCCUUGAAAACAUCACAGAAAGGAACUCAAAUAUUUAUUAUGGAUCUAGAACUCAAGGCAAAAUCCCUUAAAACUUUGAACAUACAGUCACGUAACCAAUACUUGACUAUAUCAUUUCUCUCAACAUAUCCUUUCUUAAGUCGUCUGUACUGGAUGGAAGCCUUUGAUUCAGGCUGCUGGAUAUUUUAUUAUGAUAUCGUGAAUAAUACCAUGCACCACAUUUUGGGACACACACCUUUACAACAUCAGACAAGAGGAAGCUACUGCAGUUGCAAUGUGACAGAAACAGACCUCGGAAGAGCAAUGACUAUAGAUAUGUCUGACUCCAAGAAGUCCCAGAUUUUCUUUAUCAAAGGAAGGGAUGAAAUCUGGGCCUCAGAUUUAGAUGGAUGCCACUGCUGGAGGGUUAUCAAUGUUCCUAGUCUUCAAGAUAUGACCAUUGGUAGUUUGACUGUCGACAGACAGUUUAUAUACUGGACUGUUGUAACAAAGGACUACACGACAAUUUAUCAAGGAAAUAAAGAAAGCAAAAUCCUCUUCUUUCAGGAAAGAGCACAUAAACAGGUGCAAAUCUUAGCCUACAGCACAGCCAUGCAGCCCUACCCAGAUAAAGGAUGCCUGACUCUAGCUUCAAAUGCUGAGAAACCUACUAUCCUUAAUAUUACGAACACCAGUUUUACAGUAAGCUUACCACCUGUCAAAACACAACUUCUGUGCACUGGCAUAACCCUCCCUACUUCAACGUACCUGGUGUACUAUGGAAAAGUUACUAAUGAUGGCAGGAGCUCAGCCCACUGUUUGUCUGGCCUACAUUGUACAGUAAUGGAACUUCAGGAAAAUACAGCACUUAUUGAAGGCCUACAGCCAUUUUCAAGUUAUGUGAUACAAGCUGCUGUGAAAAACUAUUAUUCAGAUUCUUCUGAGCAGCCACCUUUGGGAAAAGAGACCAUUGGCACAACUCUUUAUGGAGUACCAGAGGCAGUUAACCUCAUUGAGAUACUGGUUAUGUCUGAUAACACCAUCAAUAUAUCUUGGAGUGAGCCUUCACAGCCAAAUGGACCCAUAGACUCUGUCCGCUAUCAAAUUACUGUCAACUUUUUACCCCCAAUUCCUGCAGCUCCUUUGAGAAAAAAUGAAUUUCCAAAUGGAUCACUUGCCUGGUCUAUUAACGGCCUCAAUGGUGGAACAAAAAACAUAUUCAAGGUUCUUGCUUUUCAUGCAGAGAAGAACUGGUUUUCUGAGAGUGCCCCUGUGUUUGCAGCAACGUUUGAGACUCCACCUGUCCCAGGGAAUAUAAUUGCCCGAAACACCAGUUGUCAGUUAGAAUGGAGGUCUCCUUUGCAUGGCAACAUAACCAAAUUCUGGUUUGAAGUGCAGAAGUGGCAAACAAAAAACGGCUGGUUUUGUCCUGCAAACAUUACGUGUACGGAAGGUCCCAUGUAUAAAUGUCAUCUCACGGGAGUUCGUCCUGACACCAACUACUUUGUGCGAGCAGCAGUCAUUUACAUAACCGGAGCAAAAAGCACCUCACCUCCAGGAAGCUUUAAAACUAGGGCUGGAGUUCCAAGUAAACCAGGAAUCCCCAAAAUAGCAGAGGAGAAUAAAAAUUUUGUACAGUGGGAAAAAGCUGAAGACAAUGGAAGCAAUCUUACCUACCACAUUUUAGAAAGCAGGAAGGGGUCCCGGAACACAAGCGAAAUGAAGCCUUCUUGGGAGGUGGUUUACAAUGGCUCUUGCAGCAAUAUAUGCACAUGGAAGGCCAAGAACCUAGUAGGAACUUACCAGUUUCGAGCAGCAGCUGCAAAUAUGCUGGGACUGGGUGCAUACAGUGGCAUCAGUGACGAGGUCGUGUUGGUGAAAGAUGCUAUGCCCCACCCAGAGGCAACCAUUAUCACAGCUGUUGUGACUGGAGUGAUUGCGUUCAUCUUCAUUGUGAUUGCACUGUUUGCUUUUGUCUGGCACAGAAUAUGGAAGUUCAGAAAGUCUGCGCAGAAUGGGCAGAUAGUGCUCGUCAGGGAAGAUAAAGAAUUAGAUCAACUUAGGGGGCUGGCUGAUGCUGUGGGAUUGUCUAAUGCUUGCUACGCUGUGAGCACUCUCCCCACUAGGGCUGAGAUUGAAUGCUUGCCAGCCUUUCCUCGGGACAAACUGAAUUUGCAUAAUCUGCUGGGAAGUGGAGCCUUUGGAGAGGUGUACGAAGGGACUGCAGUAGAUACCACAGGAGCUGGAAGUGGGGAAUCCAAAGUGGCAGUGAAGACUUUGAAGAAGGGUGCGACAGACUAUGAGAAGAGUGAGUUCCUGAAGGAGGCACACUUGAUGAGCAAAUUUGAUCACCCCCACAUCCUGAAGUUACUUGGAGUUUGUCUGUUGAAUGAACCCCAGUACAUUAUCCUGGAACUGAUGGAAGGAGGAGAUCUACUCAGCUAUUUACGAGGAGCCAGAGGGCAAAAGUUCUGUGGUCCUUUGCUAAAAGUGGCUGACCUUCUGGCUAUCUGUCUGGAUAUUUGCAAAGGUUGUGUCUAUUUAGAGAAAAUGCACUUCAUUCAUAGGGACCUGGCAGCUCGUAAUUGCCUUGUGUCAGUGAAGGAAUACACCAGCCUCUCCCGAAUAGUGAAGAUUGGGGAUUUUGGACUUGCGAGGGAUGUCUAUAAAAACGAUUAUUACAGGAAAAGAGGAGAAGGGCUUCUCCCUGUGAGAUGGAUGGCACCUGAAAGUCUUAUUGAUGGUGUGUUUACUAACCGAUCUGAUGUAUGGGCUUUUGGAGUCUUGGUUUGGGAAACUUUAACUCUGGGUCAUCAGCCAUAUCCAGGUUAUUCCAAUCUUGAUGUUUUACAUCAUGUACAAACAGGAGGGAGGCUGCAGUUGCCAAACAAUUGUCCGGAUGAUCUACGGGAUUUAAUGACAAAAUGCUGGGCCCAAGAACCUCACAAUAGGCCUACGUUCUGUUAUAUUCAGGACCAACUGCAAGAACUGAGAAACUCUCCGAUGUGCUGCACUCUCCAGCGUGAGGACAGAAUGCUUUCUACUGGAGUCCUCAACCAUGCCUUUGAAGAUGCAGAUGAUGAUGCUCCGUGUACAGAUUCGGAAAGUACUCUUUCAGCUGCAUUAAUGGAAACCAGGAACAUCGAAGGCUUAAACUAUUUGGUACUAGUCACAGAAAACAAACAAGAUCAAGAAAACAGAGAUUCAAAUGAGCUGGGUGAAAUCUGAUUCCUUCAGUCUGAGGAAAGAAGAGAAGGCACCAGUGCAGAUGAAGAAAUAAGCAAAGGAAAAUAUCCUGCACUCUGCCAUACUUUCAGCAGUCCUGAAGGUGUGAACUAUGCCUCUGAUAAUGACGAGUGAUCUGAUAGGUUUAUUUUCAGGUUAAGUACCUUGCAAGCAUGUGUCUCUUGUCAAAAUUAGAGAUAUCAUCUGGGGUUUUAUUUAAAAAACUGUAACGACUAAAAAUACUGGAAAAUAUUGCAAAGGAAUUAAUGAUAUAUAACAGAAUAGUAACCCAGUGACAUAGGAGUUCUUGGAUCAAGAAUUCCUGAAUUUUAUGGCCACUUGGGAAUUUCAUAUGAACUAGGUUAAUUGGACAUGUAAUCAGAUGAGAAGUGAUUUUAAAAUGAAAUUUUGGCACACAUGCUAUCAUGCUCGAAAGAGAGCAAUGAUGUGCUAUUUCAUAUAUUACAGGAGUGGCCAUCUGCGGCUCACGAGCCACAUUUGGCUCUUUUACAGUUAAAGUGUGGCUUAUGCAGCCCCCCCCCCACACCCCCCAUAGCUCCCAUUCUCUGCUUACAAGACUGGGAAAGUGGAGCUCAGGGCUUCUCCCCUGUGGUGGGGUGGGGGGACUAAAGGCUUCUGCCCAGUGGAGAGGGGGUCCUAAGGGCUUCAGCACUGCAGGAGGUGCCUGCUGGGGGUCGGGGCUUCAACCCUGAAGGAGGCACCUUCCAGCAGCAGUGGGAUUGAAGCCCAUAGCCUCACCACCCUGCUGCAGAGCGGAAGCCCUGAGCCCUGGCAGGUGCACUCGGCUCUCAGCCAUCUGAGGUUUAUCGUAUGCAGCUCAGAGGGUCAGUAAGUUUGGCCACCCCGAUAUAUUAUAAAGCUGGUUCUCGCUGGCUUAUGGCAACAAUAUUGCCUGAAAUUUGGCCCACAUUUAGAUUUUUGUAAAAACAAGCUUUUGCAAAAUAUAAGAAAAAUGUCAUUGUUUUUAUUUAUUUUUUUCAAAUUCCAGUUGAAACAGCUGCAAUCAGAGAUCAGCCCACGGGCUGUGCAUCAUUGGGUAUAGCUUAGUUUAUUUCUUAAUUUAAAAGAAAAGACUUUGGAACCAUUAAGUUGUGCAAUAGUUUUUCUGUGAAUCUACAUGAUCCUAUUUUUGUUACCUCCUCCUUUUGUUUGUCACAAUUAGUGUGUCUUGUUUCAUGUCCGGUUGUAAGCUCUGCAGGACAGAGGCUGUCUCUUACAAUGUAUUUGUACUAUGGAUAGCACCAAUGGGGUAUGCAGGGACUGGGACAAUGGAGGGGUACAACAGAUCAGGUUAACAGACCCUGAUGCAAGAUCUUAGAUCAGAAGAUGUCAAUAUCCUUUUCUGUAUUUGGAAAUCAAACCAAACUGUUUGACAAGUUUUCCAAACAGAAUGUACUGACUAAAAAGUGUGGAUAGUCAAUUGGGACCAUAAUUAUAAUUGAAUGAGUUAGACAGAGUUAUUAAAUGGCAUCUCUUGCAUUAUUUAUCUAUUAGCGGUUACAAUAUCCUGUUUUCAUGCAAAUAUAUUUAGUAAUAAAGGACACAGGAGAGAAAUAAAGAAAACAUGGUAUAUGGGCAGAGUUCUUUUGAAACAAAGAGCCAAAUCCUCAGCUAGUGCGUAACUCCAUUGAAGUCUGGCCCAAAAUGUUUGUUAAGUGAGUAGAACAAGGUGUUAAAAUUCUGGCCUUCUAAGAGAUUAUUACAAAAUAAAUACAGAAAAUCUAUUUUUAA